UGUCGUCGUCGUCGUCGUCGUCCGCGCCAUUGCGAGAGCCUGCACCAGCAGCAAUCCAGUCCUCCUCUUCAACUCUGCCUGCUCUUGGGUUUGUCUCAGAUCUCGCUCGCUUCGGACCCAGUUUGGAGGGAGAGGCGGAGACUGAGAGACUGAGAGAGAGAGAGAGAGAGAGAGAGGGAGUGUGAGGGAGAGCGGGGAUUGUUGCAAUGGGGGUCGUGAACACGGUCCUCGGCUUGGUGGGGUUCGGAUGGGGACUCGGAUUUGGUCUCGUCACUGGAUACUUCCUCUUCAUCUACCUGCAGCCCACCGAAGUGAAGGAUCCAUUUAUCGCGCAGCUGGGGGAGAUGGAUGAAAAGUCCCUAGAUGACCUUCUUGAUGAUAUACCUUUGUGGGUGAAGAACCCAGACUACGAGCGGGUGGAUUGGUUGAACAGAUUCUUGAAAGAUAUGUGGCCUUAUCUCGACAAGGCCAUUUGCAAGAUGAUUCGAGAGCAGGCCCAACCACAUAUCGAUCUGUAUGGUCCAAAGUUUAAGCUGGACGCUAUCGAGUUUGAGUCACUCACUUUGGGAUCACUUCCUCCUACUUUUGUUGGUAUGAAAGUAUACGAAACUAAGGAGAAGGAGAUGAUUCUUGAGCCCUCGUUCAAGUUUGCUGGAAAUCCGAACAUAAUUGUCGCUGUGAGGGCUUUUGGUAUGAAAGCAACAGUACAGCUAGUAGAUGUUCAAGUUUCUGCCACCGCGCGAGUUACUCUGAAGCCGCUGAUUCCCGUUUUCCCCUGCUUCUCGAAGAUAAUUGUUUCUUUGAUGAGCAAGCCUCAGGUAGAUUUUGGUUUGAAGUUGCUGGGUGGAGACAUCAUGGCAAUUCCUGGAUUGUACCGUUAUGUUCAGGACAAUAUUAGUAGUCAAGUUGCCAAAAUGUAUAUGUGGCCCAAGAAAAUGGAUAUUCCUGUUAAUGAUGAUCCCAGUGCUUCAAAGAAACCCGUAGGCAUAAUUGAGGUAACGAUUGUUAAAGCUACGAACCUGGUGAGGAAAGACACUUUUGGGAAAUCUGACCCUUACGUGAAAGUCCAAUUGGUCAACACUAUACAUUCCAAGAAGACCACUCAUAAGCUGAGCACAUUGAACCCCGUAUGGAAUGAGGUUGUCAAGCUGACGAUCCAAGAUCCCAAGACGCAGUCUCUUGAAUUACAGGUUUUUGACUGGGAUAAGGUUGGAUCGCAUGAGAAGAUGGGUAUGGUAAUAGUGCCAUUGAGCGAAUUGGUGGAGAAUGUACCGAAAUUAUAUAAUGGUCUCAAACUGUUGAAGAACGUGGACCCUAACGACGAGAAGAACCUGAAAUCCCGUGGCGAGAUUACCUUCGAAAUUUUAUUCAAGCCUUUCAAAGAUGAUGAUGAUUCAGAUGAUCAAGGGGAAGCAGCAGCGGAUGGUUCACAAAUGACACCCGAGGGUACCGGAGGAGGCUUGCUUACAGUCACCAUAGUGCAGGCUGAGGGUUUAGAAGGCAAACAUCAUAAUAAUCCGUUUGUCGAAUUGCAUUUCAAAGGAGAUAAGAGGAAAACCCAUGUUGUGAAGAAGAACAGGGAACCAAGAUGGGAUGCUGAAUUCACUUGGAAUUUGGAGGAGGCACCUGAAAAUGAGCAUUUGUUACUUGAGGUUCACAGCAGAGGCUCAAGCAUGAACAUGGUUCAUCGUCAGGAAUCUUUGGGUCAUGCGGAUAUUUCUCUCCGGGACUUGAGGGGCAUGAGCAAGAGAAUCAACGAAACAUAUACUUUGGUCGAUGGUCAUGGAAAGAUCCAAGUGGUGUUGGAUUGGCAGGCCGUUUAGUUGGUUAUCACCAACGAUGUGCAGUACAGCUCUGACUAGUAGCCCAAUCAACUGCCGCUAUUACUAGCAGCAGCGAUCAUCGUUUAGUUAUACGUGAAUAUUAAUACGCACCAGGGUUAACCGGGUUGUACUCAGCGUCCCACAGGGCUUGAACAUGCAAUGCAGGGUUAUUGUACAGCGUAAAAAUCGAAUUUUCUGUACAAGUUUGUUUCUUUUGCACCACA